AUGGCGAGCUUCAUCAGCAAGACCCUGGUCCUAGCAGCCACCGCCGCGCUCGCUGCACCUGCCGCUUACCUGGAUACCCGCCAAGCAUAUGAAGCUGGCGACGAGCAAGCUCCCUGGAAUGCCGGAGCUGUGACCGAAUACACAAUCCAUGAGUCAUGUAACGCCACUCAAGCCAGCCAGAUUGCCGAUGGCCUGCGCGAGGCCGUCGAGUUGGCCGAGCACGCAAAGGCGCAUAUCCUUCGAUGGGGCAACGAGAGCGAGAUCUAUCGCAAGUAUUUUGGCAACGACCCACCGUACACGGCCAUCGGCAGCUUUGACAUCAUCGGCAAUGGCGACAAGGCUGGCGUGAUUUUCCGCUGUGACAAUCCUGAUGGGAACUGCGAGCAGGAAGGCUGGGCCGGACAUUGGCGCGGCUCCAACGCGACCCAAGAGACCGUCAUCUGCGACCUGUCCUACAUCAACCGUCGCUGGCUGAGCUCCAUGUGCGGUUUGGGCUACAACGUCGCCAACAGCCCCACAAACACAUUCUGGGCAUCGGAUCUGCUGCACAGAUUAUACCACAUUCCCUCAAUCGGCAACGGCUACAUUGAGCACUUCCUCGAAACCUACCAAGAGAUCCUCGACAACGCCGGGCAGCCGGGCUCAAACGCCACUCACGAUAGCGACGUCCUGCAGUACUUCGCCCUCGAAGCGUAUGCAUACGACGUCGCUGUCCCCGGAGAAGGGUGCUCUGGUGAAGUCGAGGAGGCCUCGACGACGGCCGAAGCCGUUGCAGCUUCUACUACCGUUUCGGCAAGCUCAACGUUGCCGCAGACCGUGACUGGUACAAUGAGUGAUUCGGAUACGCAUGAGGGCGGUGAGCUGCAUUGCGAUGAUUAG